AUGACUCCUUCCUCCAACGACCACCAACUCCUCUACUUCGACACGUACGGGCAAGACGUGCUCGUCGGAAACCCUGAGAACCCCGAGGACUCUCACCUGAUCACCCGUGACCAGCUAAAACUGUUCGUCACGUACUCCCAUGCCCUGCGCAACAAAUCCCUCGACGAUUGCCCCCCUAGUCCAUUGGGGUAUGAGUUCUUCGUGCAUGCCUUCAAUAAUGAAGGUUUAUCCUCCACGGCAUCCUAUGUCAACGAGAACGGAGUUGUAGUCAGCACCGGGGCUGCCCUGGUCCUCACUGACAUCAUGGAAGAGGAAGAUGACAUUGAGAUUACCGUCACGUCGUCGCGAAUGGAGCAGCUCGAUAAAAUGGUAUGGCACACGGCCCUCAGCGCAUCCUACCAACACGAGAAGAUGGAGGCUAGACGCGCAAGUCAGAGGAAGGAAAAGAACUAUGGUCACAAGCAGGACCAGAAGCUCACCAAGAAGGGGUUGGGGAAGAUCCGAAAGAUAACCACCAUGACUCCGGCGAACGUUGUCGCCGGGCCUUCCGCCCCUCAUACCCCUGCCGAAGAAGCCAUGAACGAGUAG